GAAUGGCUCCUUGGCAUAUGAUUAAGCCCCUCUCAUUUAACUUCUCAUAUAUAUAUAUAGGCAUAUGUUACACAUCUUAUUACAUGCACAACCCAAAAAUUGUUUUCAGAUCACACAUGCACCUAUGUUAAUGGCAACACAUAUCGAUAUAAUCCAAAAGCUUAAUGUAUAUCCACGAUUUCAAAACCAAGACCAGAAGAAACUAAUCACUCUCUCCAAUUUGGACCGUCAAUGUCCUUUACUCAUGUACGUGGUUUUCUUCUACAAGAAAACCACAACUACUCGCGACUUUGAUUCGUUUUUUUCAGACCUGAAACUCGGGCUGGAGGAGACUCUGUCUGUUUGGUAUCCUGCCGCCGGUAGGUUGGGUUUGGACGGAGGUAGCUGCAAGCUCAACCUCCGGUGUAAUGGGGGCGGCGCAGUCAUGGUGGAGGCGGUGGCGACAGGUGUGAAGCUGUCAGAGCUUGGUGACUUGACUCAGUACAAUGAGUUUCAUGAAACUUUGGUUUACAAGCCUUCCUUUGAUGGUGAUUUCUCUGUGAUGCCUCUUGUUGUUGCUCAGGUGACAAGAUUUGCAUGUGGAGGUUACUCAAUUGGAAUCGGUACAAGCCACUCACUAUUUGAUGGAAUCUCAGCUUACGAAUUCCUUCGUGCGUGGGCUUUCAACUCUCACAUUCACAACAAAUCCAAUGGUGAGAUUACUAAUAAAAAGGAUAAUUUGGUCAUCAAACCGGUUCAUGACCGAGGAAAUCUACUGUUUAACCGGGACGUGAACCAGAGCCGGGAUGCUACCCGUGUAACCAAGGCUGCAGCCAUUUAUCAUCUGUACCAGCUAAUCAAACAAGCCAUGAUGACCCAUCAGGGACAAAACCGUAAUUUUGAGUUAACGGACUCUGGCUUUGUGAUCAAAACCUUCGAGCUUAUGGGCGAAGCGAUAGAAAGCCUGAAAAAGAAAUCACCAAAAGGGUUCUCGUGCACCUCCUUUGAGUUUCUUGCUGCUCAUUUGUGGAAGGCAAGAACAAAAGCUUUAGGGUUGAGGAGAGACGCCAUGGUGUGUUUACAAUUCGCGGUGGACAUAAGGAACAGGACGGAGCCGCAACUGCCCGAAGGGUUUUCCGGCAACGCCUACGUGCUUGCCUCGGUGGCAUCAACCGCCGGAGAAUUACUAGGAGAACUAACACUUGAGUCGAUAGUGAACAAGAUUCGAGAAGCAAAGAAGUCCAUUGACCAAGACUACAUCAGCGCUUACAUGGAAGCACUUGGAGGAGGUGACCAAAGAAAUGACGGAAAUCUCCCUCCUCUCAAAGAGCUAACCCUAAUCUCCGACUGGACAAAAAUGCCAUUUCACAAUAUUGGCUUUGCCAUUGGAGGCGAGCCAGCGGAUUACGUGGCGCCACUGUGUCCUCCGGUGCCACAAGUUGCUUAUUUCAUGAAGAACCCUAAAGAUGCUAAAGGGGUUAUUGUGAGGAUUGGUUUGGACCCACGAGAUGUUGAUGAUUUUUCAAAUGAUUUCCUUGGCUAUUACUAGGCUGAUGUGAUAUAAUUAAUCAGUAGAAUCUUUGUUAAUUACUUAUCUAUAUGCAUAUUGUGAUGAUAUUGAUGGCUCCUUUAUAUGCAUGCGUGUGCGCAAAAGGCACUUUAUUGUAAUUGGGUUAUGAUUGAUUUAUAAUGACAUCUAUAUUGCUUUGUGUAUUUGUCGUUAUCACUUUAUUUUCCGAAUAGACUUUAUAGCCUUCCGGAAUUUCUGGAUAUA